AUGGAACCCGGCUCGGUCUCAUUGCGCGCUGGGCAGUGUUUCUCCCGAUGGUCCCUGCCUUUUCCCAAAGGUGGGAAGAACUUGUCGGACCACCGGAAGUUGUUAUUCGCGCUAUGCCGUUUUAAUCUCAUGGGUUCCCGAUGGGGAGAUUUUGCCGGUGGUGGUUGCGGUAGUAAAAAAGUCUCCAGUCCCAGUCCAUCUGCUGCAGUGAACCAAAAUAAAGAGGAAAAGAAAAAAGAAAAUGAGGCUGUGAACCGACCUCAGAAUGAGCUACAGUGUGAGCCAAGCUUCAUAGAAGACAGACUGAAGCUUUACAGAGCACUGAAAAAAGAACAUGAUGCUUUGCUAGCUUACAGAGCAGCCAACCAGAGCAAACCUAUCAAAAUUACUCUGCAAGAUGGAAAGAUGGCUGAAGGGGAAUCUUGGAAAACCACGCCUUAUCAAUUAGCUGUAGGAAUUAGUCAAGUAUUGGCUUCAAAUGCAGUCAUAGCCAAAGUGAAUGGCGAGUUGUGGGACCUGGAUCGCCCGCUGGAAGGAGAUUGUACUCUGGAGCUGCUCAUGUUUGAUAACGAAGAAGCCAAGGCUGUUUAUUGGCAUUCAAGUGCUCAUAUUCUUGGAGAGGCCAUGGAAGGUUAUUUUGGGGGCUGCUUAUGCUAUGGACCACCAAUUGAGAACGGAUUUUAUUAUGACAUGCAUAUCGAAGAUAGAGGUGUAUCUAGUACUGAACUACCACUACUAGAGAACCACUGUAAAAAUAUCAUAAAAGACAAGCAGGCUUUUGAGAGGCUGGAAGUCAAAAAGGAGAUCCUGUUAGACAUGUUUAAGUAUAACAAGUUUAAGUGUCGUAUACUUAAUGAGAAGGUGAAUGCACCAACUACCACAAUAUACAGAUGUGGUCCACUGAUUGAUCUCUGCAGGGGUCCACAUGUGAGACACACGGGAAAAAUUAAGGCACUUAAAAUAUUUAAGAAUUCCUCUACGUAUUGGGAAGGAAAAUCUGAUAUGGAAACCCUGCAGAGAAUAUAUGGGAUAUCCUUUCCUGAUAACAAAAUGAUGAAGGAAUGGGAAAAAUUCCAGGAAGAAGCCAGAAACCGGGACCAUAGGAAAAUUGGAAAAGAGCAAGAACUUUUCUUCUUCCAUGAUUUGAGUCCUGGAAGCUGCUUUUUCCUCCCCAGAGGUGCCUUUCUUUAUAACACACUCAUGGAUUUCAUACGAGAGCAAUAUCACAGGCGUAAUUUUACUGAAGUUGUAUCUCCAAACGUCUUCAACAGUAAACUCUGGGAAGCUUCAGGACACUGGCAGCACUACAGUGAAAAUAUGUUCUCUUUUGAGAUCGAGAAGGAAACUUUUGCCCUUAAACCGAUGAAUUGUCCAGGACAUUGCUUGAUGUUUGCCCAUCGUCCACGAUCCUGGAGGGAAUUGCCUCUCAGGCUUGCAGACUUUGGAGUUCUUCACCGAAAUGAACUCUCUGGGACUUUAAGUGGCUUGACUCGUGUUAGGCGCUUCCAACAAGAUGAUGCUCACAUCUUUUGCACAAUAGAACAGAUUGAAGAGGAAAUCAAGGGCUGUCUUGAUUUCUUGAAGUCAGUGUAUGCUGUGUUUGGUUUUACCUUUCAACUACAUCUUUCUACAAGACCAGAAAAUUAUCUAGGAGAGUUAGAGAUCUGGGAUCAUGCGGAAAAGCAACUUCAAAACAGCUUGAAUAACUUUGGAGAACAAUGGCAUUUGAAUCCAGGAGAUGGUGCGUUUUAUGGUCCUAAGAUUGAUAUUAAAAUCAAAGAUGCUAUUGGCAGGUACCAUCAGUGUGCUACUAUCCAACUUGACUUCCAGCUACCCAUUCGAUUUAAUCUUACCUAUGUUGGUAAGGAUGGCGAUGAUAAGAAAAGGCCCGUGAUUAUUCACAGAGCUGUUUUGGGGUCUGUGGAGAGAAUGAUAGCUAUUCUAGCAGAAAACUACGGAGGAAAAUGGCCCUUCUGGCUGUCUCCACGGCAAGUGAUGGUUGUGCCGGUGGGACCCACUUCAGAAGUGUAUGCCCAGCAGGUUUGCCGCAAAUUUUUUGAAGCAGGAUUUAUGGCAGAUGUGGAUCUAGAUCCAAGUUGCACAUUAAACAAGAAAAUUAGAAAUGCACAGCUGGCCCAGUAUAACUUUAUCUUAGUGGUUGGAGAAAAAGAGAAAGCAAAUAGCGCUGUCAACGUGCGAACAAGAGACAACAAAGUUCAUGGAGAGAUUUGUGUAUCUUCUGCUCUUGAAAAGCUCAAGAAAUUGAAGAGUUCAUAUGUUCUAAAUGCAGAAGAAGAAUUCUGAUGUUGCUGUUAGGAAAUAAAAUCAUUAGCUGCCCAUGUGAAAUGGUGUUUUUUUUCCUCCUGUACAGUAGUAAUGCUCAUUUGAGAGAAUAGUUAAUGGAUACACAAAAUAAGCAAAUGUUGCUGUGCUGAUGCUUCACGAAUAGCAUGAGAAGACAGAAUCAACUGCACACUCCUUUGACAACGCAUUUGAUUUUAGUCUGCGCAAGUCCCAGAGUGCUUAUUUAAAACAUCCUUCACUGCUGCUAAAAUAUGUUGGUUUUGCUGGGGAAAUAAAUGGGAGCUGCACGCGGCUCAGGAGCGGGAGGCUGGGACAUGUACUGGCUGUGCUGUGGUUGCCGAGCUGCUGCAGGUACGCAGCAGUUGCAUAGCUCACCUGACGUGGAAUCCAAAGCUUGCCAGUUGG